AUGUCGAACCAAGGUUACUACAACAAUCAACAACCCCAGUACGGUGGUCAACCUCAGUAUCCUCCCAACGCUUAUGGAGGACCACCACCACAACAAGGCUACUAUCAACAAGGCCCUCCACCUCAACAAAUGCAAUAUCAACAACAACCUCCUCCAAAGAGUUCCGGGGGUGGACAAGGCUGUCUCGGUGCUUGUUUUGCAGCCCUCUGUUGUUGUUGCGUAAUGGAAGAAGGAUGUGAGCUCUGUGUUGAAUGUGCCGAAUGUUGUUAG